AUGAGAGAAGAACAUGCAUUUGAGUUUGACAAACUUAAAAUUCGUACACAUUUUAGCUCUAAGACGUGGAAGUGUCUCGCAGAAAUGCUUGUAAAUAGAAUUGAUGUACAGACAGGUGUAGUUAUGCGCAACGCUAUUAUGUUAAAUCCAUCACGCAUAGAUUACCGACAUCGAUAUCUUCAACGUCUUGCACCAGGAGAACGAAUUUGUUUUGAUAAUUUUCGCCAUCAUGGAAUUCUUCUCCCAUAUGGUGCACUGAACGCUAAUCAUAAUACGCAAAAUAAGUUCAUCAUAGAUCCAACAUAUGGUUGGGUAAUGGCUGAUAGUGCAGAUCCACUUUCAGCAUGGGAUAUAUUUAAGGUUGUCCAGGUUAAAUAUGGAACGGCAGACGAAGACUUUUAUGGAAAACUUUUCUUUUAUCUCCGUGAACAAUUUGAGAUGUUUAUUGAUCGAUUACAAAAAUUUACAAUUAAUUUUGAUUUAUACGAUGAAGAUGCACUUAAACUUAGCGAAAAAUUAAAAGGCAAGCAAUUUUUUGAUAGGAUUUACGUAAAUAAUCUUAGUGAUGAAACAUACGUUGGUAUUAAAUCUACAUUAACCAAGUUCCGACCACUUUUAAAUGCUGAUAAUCCAUAUGCAACUUUAAUUACGCUGUUCAUGAAUUGGUUGCCUUCUGUUCCACAAUCUGAUCAAGAAAAAGUAAUGAAAAAUAUUAUCCUGAACAAUAGUGAUAAAUAUAAAAGUAAUAAUAUGAUGGCUAACAUUACUAACUUUGCGACAGAAAUUUCUAAUGAAAUUAAUGCAUUAUAUGAUCAUGAUCAGGAAUUUGAAAAAUAUAUGGAAACGAAGGGAGCGAAUAAAACUGCGAAAAAGGUUGGAUUACGCCGACGAACAGUUCAUAGAAUCGUACCUAAAAGACUCGGUAUUAGUAUGAAUAAAGAUGAACAAAACAAUGUUCUAUCGCUUGAAAAUGAGAGAGAUAGGCAUUUGUGGUUUGAUGUUGGAAUGCAUACAUUUUUAGAACAUUAUGUCGAGUGGGAGAUUGUAGCUUAA